CCGGCCGCCGUCUCCGCCCGUAGCUGGCUCAGCAGCCGGCGGCUCAGACGAAGCGGAGGGCGGAGGGGAGGGGCCGGCGGCGCCCAGGAGGGAGGCACGGGCCGCAGGCCAAGCCGACCGGGGUCACAAUUUGGGUUUGCAGCAAAGAUGCUUUCAGAACAAACAGCAGUCCUGGGGACAGGAUGGGAGUCAAUGAAUGUCCAGCUGGAUGGAACAGAGCCUCAGGUGGAAAGGGGAAGUCAAGAAGAGGGGCCAUGGAGAACAGCACCAGGGCCACUGGAGCACCUUUGCUGUGACCUUGAAGAGGAGCCACAGUCCCUUCAGGAGAAGGCUCAGUCGGCCCCCUGGGUUCCUGCCAUUCCCCAGGAGGGGAGCACCGGAGAUUGGGAGAUGGCAGCUGCACUUCUUGCGGCAGGAUCACAGGGCCUGGUAACCAUCAAGGAUGUAUCACUGUGCUUCUCUCAGGAGGAGUGGCGGAGCCUGGAUCCUUCUCAGACAGACUUUUAUGGAGAAUAUGUCAUGCAGGAAAACUGUGGGAUAGUGGUCUCUCUAAGAUUUCCAAUUCCCAAACUGGACAUGCUUUCUCAACUAGAAGGAGGGGAAGAACAAUGGGUCCCUGACCCCCAAGACUUAGAGGAGAGGGACAUCCUGAGGGUCACAUAUACAGGAGAUGGCAGUGAGCACGAGGGUGAUACCCCUGAACUAGAAGCAGAACCUCCCAGAAUGUUAUCUAGUGUGUCUGAAGAUACUGUUCUCUGGAACCCAGAGCAGGAUGAGAGCUGGGAUUCCAUGCCCAGGAGCUCCAGAGGAAUGCUCCUGGGUCCACCUUUUCUUCAGGAAGAUAGCUUCUCAAACCUUCUAUGUAGCACAGAGAUGGAUUCCCUGUUAAGACCGCACACAUGCCCCCAAUGUGGGAAACAGUUUGUGUGGGGCUCCCACCUUGCCAGGCACCAGCAAACACACACUGGGGAGCGGCCCUACAGCUGCCUCAAGUGUGAAAAGAGCUUCGGGCGAAGACAUCACCUGAUCCGGCACCAGAAAACCCACCUACAUGACAAGCCCAGCAGGUGCUCUGAGUGUGGCAAGAAUUUCCGAUGCAACUCCCAUCUAGCCAGCCACCAGAGAGUGCAUGCGGAAGGCAAAUCCUGCAAGGGCCAAGAGGUUGGAGAGAGCCCUGGGGCUAGGAAACGGCAGCGGGCCCCACCAGUGCCAAAGUGCCAUGUGUGCACUGAGUGUGGGAAGAGCUUUGGCCGACGGCACCACCUGGUGAGACACUGGCUGACCCAUACUGGGGAGAAGCCCUUCCAGUGCCCUCGCUGUGAAAAGAGCUUUGGCCGUAAACAUCACCUGGACAGGCACCUGCUGACCCACCAGGGACAAAGUCCCCGGAGCAGCUGGGACAGAGGGACAUCUGUCUUUUGAGAUCUGUUUCUGCUGCAGCUGUGGUCACAUCUAUCAGCAGCUGGUGCUACCAGGAGUCUCUCCCAGAGCUGCCCCUCUCCUGCACCCCAAUGGCCAGAAUCAUGAGCCCUGGCUCCAUGCCUGGAAAGAUGAGGUUCCAACAUUGGCCAGACAUUUCUCACCAGUUCUGUGAGAUACCACACAAGAUGAGUUCUUUGGGCAAAACUUUAGGGAACAGUGCUUACUACAUGGGCUGAUAUUCAGCCUGAGCCCAUUCUCAAGGGAGUUUAUUACUGAGGUCCAAGCCGAGUGGUUGGAGCCUAUGCUAUCCCAGUUAAAUAUUUGAGUACCACCUUUGUAUACUGUAACUAUUAUAUCCUCUCUAUAUAUAGAGAGAAAGACCAUAUUAGCAUAUUAAAGGCUCUGAGAACUUUCUGGGUACAGGGAAUUGUUAAGCCUCUUUUAAUGCAGUGUUUCCUAAAUUUAUUUGACCUCAGUAUCCUUUCUGUCUUACAUCCCACAGAACUGGUGACUCCAUGAAACACACUGGUGAACACUGGGUUAGAGAGUAAUGAGGAAACAGGAAAGAAAUAGUGAUCAGGUACCCAGAGUCCCCCUUUUUUUUAUCCAAAUGAAAGCUGAGGGGCAGACCUCAUUCCUGUGUGGGUCCAUCACCCUUAACCAGAUCAUCGAAAUAUACAUCCACACCUCUUACCCCUACCUCCUGAAAAAUAGAAACAAGAACCUUUUCACCCCCUAUUCCUACUCUCUUCAUCCUCUUCAUACAUAUAUCCAGCUGAGAGAUCACCCUACAUACAAUGCUAAGAGAUGGACUUAUACCCACAAGUAACCCAGGCCCACACGGAAGAAAAAACUUUAUCCCCUUGAACAGACCCCUCUUCUCUUAUCUGUGUCUUUAUGUGUCUAUGUGUAUCUGUGUGCAGGGUCUUUGAAUUCAGAGAGCAUGCAAAGUGCAAACUGUACAAGCUAGAUUUUCUAGGGGCUGUUUUCUGGGGAUGAGGGUAGUAGGGAUUGUAUGGGAGUUUUUGUUUUGUUUCAAGAUAGGAAGUAAGCUGAGCAAUUAAGAGAGCCCUCAUGGAAGGGGUUAAGUGAUGGGUUAAGUUGUGGGAGUUGAGAUAUAAUGUCUUCCCCAGUAUUAGUGAGAUCAAGACAAACGUGGAUAUAUAUGUCUAGGUCUGACUCUCCCGGCCACAGAUUCUUUUGGCCUGGGAGGAGAAAGACCCAUCCUCAGUGAGGUGAGCUGUUUCUUGUUGAUUUCAAGUAAGUUGCAUAUAGAAGCUUCCUGCUUAGUGGGUUUCUUUGUCUUGUUUUAGUGCUGGGAAAUUAGGGCAGGAAUCACAGUGCUUGCAGGUUGUUGUCAUCAUUCUUAUUUGACCUUGAUUGCCUCAUCAAGGAGACAGUUUUUCUUGGGGAUCUCAUUCUCCCAGAAACAGAACUUGAGGGAAAUGGCUAUGGUUUAGCUUUUCAGCUGAUGCAGGGUAAUGCAUUGGGUUCUCUUCCCAAUUCUGGACAGGUAUCCACACUAAGACUCUUAACUCCAGGACUUACAUAAGUAUUCUAGCAUCUGUUGGUUGAUAAGUUGGUCAUUGUUUUGCUUUAUUGAUAAUGUGUUAAUACCAAGCUUAUAAUUUAAAAAUGAUCUUGUAUGUAAGAGCAGUUUGGGGUUAGGGAGAGAAAGGAGCAAAGUGGAUGAAAGUGGGGUAGUUUCUCUUUAAUGCUUAGACUCUGGUUUGUCCUUAACUUAUUUCUCAACCACAAUUGGUGGAAUUAACUAGAGAGGCAAGAGGAAGUAAGCUGCAACGAUCUAGUUUAAUGACUGUCCCAUUUGCUUAGGAAAAACUGGGUGAAUCACAGCUCUUCAGAGUUCUGGACCCAAAUGGAGCUGAAAAUAGGGCCAUUUUGUUGACUUGGCUUCUUAGAGUGUAUAUGAGUUGAGCAGCCGAGCCCCUGCCUCCCUUCUGCUGCUCAGAGCAGCCUUCCUUCUUUGCUUGGAAUGUACUGUUCUUGCUUACGUUCCUAGUAUUAGAGCAAAAUGGCCAGCCCUUUAUAAGGUCCUCAGAGAAAGGAACAUUUUAGGAGUAGUAUUAGGAGAUACCCCAGGGACUAGGAGAGUAUUGGAUUCCAGUGGUAAAACUGGGCUAUACCAUUUCUUUUACCCUCCCACUACACCUCAUUCAUUAAUGCAGAUCAGCUCUAUGUAAGCAAUGGUUCAGAACCUGUUUUAGAUCAUAGACCCUUUUGAGAAUCUGGUAAAAACCAGAAACUCACUUUUUGAGAAUAACAGACUUUAGCAAUUCACUCUGCUUUAUAUAUACAUUUAGCAGGUUCAGAGCCUAUCCAUGGAAUCACUAAUCUGGGAUCAUAGGGAGUUACCCUGACCCAGUAUGGUCGUUAUAUAUUUGUGUCAAGAAUUACAGGGCAAGGAUCACUAAGUAUUUUAAGGACUAAGAUAUCAGAGGCAAUAGGGGAUAAAGACAGAGUCUAGUCUUUAAUGACUACAAGAGUAUUGCUUACAUUCUACUUAUAUUUUUUAAAACGAUGACAUGCUAACAAAUCCAGCUCCUCACAAACUUUGUUUUAAAGACCUGUGGGAGGUGACUCCCUGUACUAUCAGAUUACACCUCCUAAUAACCAAAUGUUAACCUCCAGCCUUUGAUCUGUUUUAGUAAAUGUAAGGAGAGUAAGCGAAGCCCCCAAAGUGUGGGGGCAGUCGUAAUACCCAAAUGAAAGGCAUCAUGGAGUCUAAGGGCCUUCUGCAGAAAGGACAUCUUAGGGCAUUUCUGGUAUACCACUGUCUUCUCUACCUCGGUCCAACACCACUUUCCUUGGAUGAAAAAUAAAAUAAGCAACAGCCAUCAGAUGGGUGAAUAGAUUUGAAUGAUUUGUCCCAUAGGGAAUCAGUCUCAAACUCCCAUCUUUCUCCCAACUUGCUUUGCCACGUGUCCACCCAUCCCCUUUAAAUAAAAAAAAACUGUCUCUGUGUUCUCUCUGGGCAAAUGUAAAAUGGGGAAGUCCAUCUUCAGAAACCUGUCACCUUUUCUUUCUGUGGUGCCUCUACCCUGUUCAGGGCCCAAGUGUCCUCCCCUUUCUAUUCCAUCAAAGUAUGUCUUCGAAGAAUCCCUUACACUGGAGGAGAUAACUCAAAGUAUUAGCUUUUCCCAGAGUCAUUUACAUUUUAAGCCUUAGCUCUGAUAGUAGAAGUAGAAAGAAAAAGUUUUCCCUUGUUUAGCUCCUUCCGGGAGCUAAAGGGGUGAUAAUUUGUGACAAAGUCCUUUUCUUUCCAGCACUUCUGCACUCAAACCACUGUUUCCUUAUUUCCAUCAAGGGCAAGGUGAGCCCUGACUCAGAACCAGAGAUGCCAGAAGAUAUGUUCUUUCCAUUCCUAUUCAGAUGAAUGCACUGGAUGGGGGUGAGUGAGGCUGGGCAGUAACCGAAAAGUAAAAUCUAUUCCCAUAUACCCCUUAGAGAUCCUGAGCUGGCAAAAUUUCCUUCUAUUCCUGGAAUGCUAUAUUUAGGCCUUGGGUCUCAAAAGGUGGUCUCUGAACCAGCAACAUGGACAUUACCUGGGAACUUGUUUUAGAAAUGCAAAUUCUCAGGCUCCAUCCCAAACAAACUGAAUCAGACACUCUGGGAGUGGAGCCCAGCAGUCAGUCUUCACUUGCCUUCGAGAAUAUCUGAUGUAUACUAAAGUUUGAGAGUCACUGGCUAGGAGAUUCAAGUUCCACUUCAAUCAGUGGUACCUCACCCUCUUCAAAUGGGGAGAGAGGGAGGGAAAUCUUUAAACCCCUGCUGCCAGAUUUAUUUUCUGCAACCUCUCCAGGCUAGUUUCUCUUCAUUUCUGGUUCCCUUGAGUCCCAAGGUCUUCCUGCACCCUUAAAUCGGUGAAAGGACUGGGUUAGGCAACAAUUUUAGAAAUUGUGUGUUUGGGGGCGGGGGGGCAACUACCAAUGUGCCGUGACUUACUGGGGCUAGAGUUUCUAAAAUGGGCCCUGAGGAUUCACGGGUCCAGAAAUCUGGAAGGAUAAAAAGGAGAAGAUACCUCAAAGAAAGGAAAUCCAAUGUAAAACUGAAAAACCAACAUCCAAGGAAAUGGUCCUCCUUUGCUAGUUAGUGGUCCUUCUCCAGGCCUAAUAAGUUGCCCUGGAGGCUUGCAAGGUGGAUAUUUAGCACAGGAUAGAGGGUAAGGCCAGCUCUCCCAAGCCCUUAAGGAACCAAGUUUUCCAACCUCACAAUUGCAUUGGAGACCAAUGAGGUACCAUGCAAGGGAUUUCUAACCAUGAAUUGGCAUACCCUAUGGACAAGGGCAACAGAAGUACUGGAGAGUCCCCAGGACACAAGAAAGAACCAGGCUCAUUUAGUAACAUGUGACAGAAGUGAGAUUUGAACCCAGACUCCGUUUACCAGGUAGAGUUGUAAUCAGUUAAGCCAUGGCACCUGUGUCAAAAAUGCAUUUCCUGCUUGAAGAUUCUGUCCAAUUCAGGCUGCAAGAAGGGGCCUGUCUUGCAGGCCCUGGUCCUGUUACCUCUAGCUCCUCUCCUAACCAAACUCAUGAGGACAGACUGAACUAAAAUGACCACUCCUGUGGGGCUCUCCAAGGUCAAAAGGUUGGAGUGAACCUAAGUCUCUUUGGAGGUGAUAAGCUCCUCUCUCCAAGGUGGAGAAGCUUAGCUACAGUUUUCUUCAACUCCAGUCUUCAGGGUCUCUCUCUCUUGCUUUUCCAGUUACUGCCUUCAUUUUCCCAAUAAAUGGAGCUCCUCCUCCAUUCUUCACUCCCAUUUCUCUUUUUCAGUUGGUUUGGUUUAGUAGCUUUUCGUUUUGUUUUGCCUGGGGAAUGCUUCACCUUCCUAAGGAUAUAUGUUCUUCCUAAUCCCUAUCCUUCUCUUUCCAUCAUAGUUAUUGUCUUUAGGCUUCUAGCUAGUUCCGUUCCACCAUGAGCCCCUCCAUCCCUCUGCCUGCUGUCCAGUUUCUCAGCUGUAAGCCUACAAAGCAGGGUCAAGUACUCAUACUUCCCACUUUCUUCCCUCCAGUCCUUGGCUUGGCUCUAGCAGCUCAGCUGCCAUCUUACCACCCUGCAUCUCUUUCUCUCUCUCACCCUUCCCCACAUCCUAGCCUGGCUAAGAGGUUGUCCAUACUGCCAAGUCCAGGCCCUACACUCCAUUCCCUACAGGCUCUUCUUCCCUAGAUUUAGCUUCCAAAGUGGAUUUCUACUUUUUGCUACUUUAAUUUACUCAAUCUCUUCCUGUCUUUUGUGGCUCCUGAGAAUCCCUCUCAAUUUUAUAAGCCAUUUUUGGCAAUCUCACUAUGUGCCAGGCACUGGCUCUUCCAGGCCUGGGAAAUCAAGUGUGACCAUGGUCCCUGUACUCAGCAUGUUCCUCAACUGAGCCCUCCCCUGGCACCACUUUCCUGCCAUGUCUCAUGAUACUGCACACCAAGGCACACUCUUCCAGGAAGUUUUGGGAGUGUAUGCCCACUUGCCAUCCAACCCAACUGCUCUGUGCCUGCUGGAUUUCUAGCUCUUGUCUGACUUGAUUCCCUCUGAUGGACUGUGAAUUUCCCAUGGGUUACCCACUGGGGACCUUUGUCUGUAUCCUUAGGGGUCUCUAAUAUGCUCGCCAUGGUCCCUGUCAGUUGAAUAAAGGUCUUAUUGGCUGUGUCACUGAUUUCCUCUCUCAGUCCUCUCCUCUUCCCUCCAUUCUCAGCUCUUCUCUCAUGAUCAAAAGACUGCAACAGAGUGGGAGAUACCAGACAGCUCUGGGAGGAGUCACACAGUCAUGCGUGAGCCCCUUCACUGCUUCUCCCAAAAACAUAAACCUUGAGAUGCCACAAAUUAGGCCUCCCCAUCUCUCUCUUGGUGUCCUGGCUUCCAGAUGUCCCUCCCCUGGUCUUCACCAACCUGGAGCUGGGAAAAGGAGAUUGCUGAGCAGGACUGGGCCUAGGGUAAGGCAGGUAAGGGUCUAGGGAGCAAAUAUAAGAAGGCCCUCCAUCUUGGGGUCAUUCAAGUGCUGACCCUGCUCUUGGGAGACCCUUAAAGUGCUGAACCCAAGUCUGGAAACUGAGGUGAUGAUGGUGACUAUGAAUUGACCCCCUAGGCAAAUUUACAGUAAUUGGAGAUUUGGUGGGGGGAGCCAGAGGAGGCAUGCACAGAUGGGGUUAGGCAGGAACUGGAUCCACCAGACAUACUCACCCUUGUGGAUAAAGAGGAUGAGCAUAUGGCAAAGGGGAUCAAGAGAAUAAGGUAAAAGAAUAAAAUUCGUGUGGGAGUAACCAUGGGAAGCUGGCAUGGACACCACUAGCCUCUGAUCCGCUGACACAACCUCCCACCUAUGGAGCUUCAUGGGACAUGGGGAAGAGGGGAAGGAGCCAUUCCCCAGGCCUUGAGUGCAUCCCAAAGGCUUUGCUCUUCCUCCGUGGGAGUUGCCUUAAUGGAGCUUCAAGCCUACUGUUUAGGGGACAAUCUGCCUCUGCAGCUUUCUGAACACCAGCCAGACUGUUUUGGCACCUACCUCGGUGCUUCAGGUUUCCCUAUUUUCUUAUGUUCACUCUUAACUUCCCACUGUCACUUGGAGUAAUACUCUUGACAAGUCUGGUCUUUCUCCUAACCAGAAAAGGAGGAAGGAAGGAAUUGACAACAGGGGGAGGAGAAACCCAGCCAUGAUUGUUCACUGAGGGCCCUGUUCUUUCUGCCUGCUCCAGUGGUCUAUUGGAAUCCUGACUUCCUCUCCUUACUCCCCUCUAUCAGUGCCUUUCCCAGCCCCAUCCACGGGCCUCAUGCUGAACCCCCCACCCCAGUCUUCAGUUCCUCUCUUCCAAAUCCUUUGGCUUUUCUCUUUUUCAAACUCCCUUUCUGACAUGGUGCCCCUACAUUAAUUUCCCAGAAUGUCUUCUUGUCCUUGCUAGGCAUUUCUAGCCCAACCACACUGCCUUGCCAUUUCAGAGCUCCCCAGAGGAGCGGGGACAGGAGAGAGCUACUGCUUUGAGACCACUGACAAAUGGAGAUGCUUGCAUGUUCUGAAAACCCCACAAUGUGCUUAAGAACACCCUUCCCCACAAAAAGCCUCUAAGUUACCAAAACACUCAAUGUAGAAGUGAAUCCUAACUUCUGAUCUUUACCUACAUCGAAAAGAUAUCUUGGAGAGUUACUGAGUAGAUGAUGAGGCCCCAUCUGACAUCAAUAAUUGUAGACAAGAGAGCACUGGAUUCACAGUUAAAAGUCAAUUUCUAAAGUGCACAUUUUCUAAACAUUAGCUUUUUCACUUAAGAUCUAAGAGACUGAGGUGAAAAUGAAAUGAAAUAAUGCAUGCCAAAGUACAAACCAUCUUAUAAAUGAAAAAGCUAUAACAACUACAUGGAAUUUUCUACUUUAUUUUUGAACAAGUUACAAUUCACUUGAUUCUGAAAACAAAUCCAAAAAAAAAAAAGAUAUAGUAAAGAGUCUCAUUUCUACGUAUCCUCUACCAUUCCCAUCAUGUUCCCCUCACAGUAGAGAAGCAGUUUUUUUGUGUGUAUCUUGCCAGAAUUUUAUACAAUUACAAAGAGGUAUAUUUUCCUCCAUUUUACACAAAAGGUAGUACGGUAUACUCAAUGUCCCAAAUUGUUUUUUCACUUAACAUAUCUUUGGGAGCUUGUCAUAAUACAUAGAGAAUCCCCCCUUUUUACAGCUGCAUGCUAUUUCGCUUUAUGGAAGCUUCAGUUUAACCAGGCCCCUGGUAAAAUUUAGAUUAUUUCCUUUUCUGUUACUGCAGUGCUGUACUGAAUACGUUGGACAUAAGUCUUUUCACAAAUGCAUUUACAUCUAAAAGAUAAAGUGGUUCUGCUGGGUCAAAGGAUAUUUGCAUUUGUAAUUGUAAAAGGGAAAUUCCCUCCAUUUACACUCUCACUAGUGUUGUGAGUGCCUGUCCCCCCCCAGCCUUACCAAUGGAGUAGGUUCUCAAAACCUUUGAAUUGAUUAAAAAUGUUAUCUUACUGUUUUAAUGUGCAUCUCUCUUAUGAGUAAAAUUGUAUCUUUUUCAUAUUU